AUAAGAGCAUUGUAUCCCUCUCUACCUCUCUCACACACACACAGUGUGUUUGCUGGGAAGGGGAUAGUCCUGGGGAAACUAGGGAAAACAUUGUCUACCUGCCUGUAAAGGAAUAUUUUCCUCUCUGGAAUAUCCAUUAAAAAGAUCUCGGAACAACAUCUAAGAGAGACAUAGCGUUUCUGGCCGAAUUCUUACCCAUCAUCAAAAGCCAGUGACAUCAUUUUUUAUCACCUGAUCUGCAACGUGUUUGCCUGACAUCAGCAUCAUCACUCACCAGCAACAUUAUCAGGGAAACCAUGAGCAGCAACUACAGUGUCACUCUCUCAGGCCCUGCCCCCUGGGGUUUCAGGCUGCAAGGAGGGAAGGACUUCAAUAUGCCCCUCACUAUCUCUAGGCUGACGGAUGGUGGGAAGGCAGCUAAAAGUGGUAUUGCUGUCGGAGACCUGGUUUUGUCCAUCGACGGCAUCGCCACAGAGGGCAUGAACCACCUGGAGGCCCAGAACAAGAUCAAGAGCUGCGCUGACAACCUCAGCCUUACCCUGCAGAAGGCUCCCAGUGUUCCCAAACCUCCUCCUGUGGCACCAAAGGACGACAGAUCAGACAUCAUAAAACCAGUGGCCCUCACCCACCCCCCUCCUCCACCCCAUCCCCACCCCCACUCCUCCAGCCCCUCCACCACCCCCUACAAUAAAGCCCCCAGACCUUUCGGGGGCUACGGAUCAGAGAGUGAAUACCCUCCGUCACAGUCGCCGUUUGCUGCCUUCAUCCCAUCCCCAUCCUCUGCCUUCACCCCUGCCUCCUCCCACACCAGUCCUUUCCCUCCUCCUCCACCUCCUGUCUCUUACCCAUCCUCCUCCUCCUCCUCCUCCUCCCCCUCCGUCCUUGUCCCGCCUCAGCCGUCAGUGUAUAACACACCAAUCAACCUAUACUCCACUGAGAAUGCCUGUGAGGUGGCCAUGGGGCAGAGGCGGGGCCUGUUGGAGAGUCAGGGUGGAGCCUUGCCACUGCAGUUUAAUGGAGCUCCCAGGAAACACGUUGUGGACACAGACAUCCAUUUUUACCAUGUGCCCACUCAUGCUGAUGCCAGCAGGAAGCGCAUAAUGGAGGACACAGAGGACUGGCGCCCACGCACCGGCACCACCCAGUCCAGAUCCUUCAAGAUUCUGGCUCAGAUCACUGGCACCGAGAAUGUUCAAGAAGAGGAAGCUGACAAAGCCAAGAAGACAAAUGAGGACAGCGAGGAGCCUGAACUUAACAGCCAUGAGUCUGCAGUUGUCAAGACCAUGAUCAAAGGACCUGCUGCAACUCGGGGUCACGGCCCACAGAGUGGUUUGAUCAUUCCGUCUUUCGGUAUGAAAGGUAACGGCAGUGCUAGUGUCCCGAGGGGUCCUGUCCCAUCCCGACCUGCACCUCAGCCCCACCCUAAAGAUGAGGACACCCUGGUCCAGAUGGCAGAACACAUCCCUGCUGGGACUCGUACACCGAUGUGUGCCCACUGCAACAUGGUCAUCAGGGGGCCCUUUUUAGUAGCAAUGGGUAAAUCAUGGCAUAAGGAAGAAUUUAACUGUGCCCACUGCCGUACAUCCCUGGCAGACAUAGGCUUUGUGGAGGAACAGGGAUGUGUCUACUGUGAACACUGCUAUGAAGAUUUCUUCGCUCCAACAUGCAGCCGCUGCCAGGCCAAGAUACUGGGGGAGGUGAUAAAUGCCCUCAAACAGACGUGGCAUGUGUACUGCUUUCUGUGCGCUUGCUGUCAACAGCCAAUCAGAAACAACACCUUCCAUCUGGAGGAUGGAGAACCAUACUGUGAACAAGACUUCUACAGUUUGUUUGGGACUGGCUGCCAUGGCUGUGAAUUCCCCAUAGAGGCGGGAGACAAGUUCCUUGAGGCCCUUGGUUACACCUGGCAUGACACCUGCUUUGUUUGUGCUGUGUGUUGUACCACACUGGAAGGCCAGACCUUCUUCUCCAAGAAAGACAAACCCCUUUGCAAGAAACAUGCUCACACACUGAAGAUAUGAAUCUUGGACACUUCUCACACUUUUUGGCCGUACAUCUUUUGUUUGUUUUUUUUUUUUUUUUUUUGGUAAAGAACACCCCUUGCUGUUAUAAUAGUUAGUCUAUGCAACAGUAUAACUCAAGCAAUAUUCACUCAUGCAUGGUGGUGGCUCCUGCAGGCUAGCUAACAUAAAUGUAUUCUGGCACCCAAAUCCAUCAUAAACAAAACAUAAUAAGCUUUCAUCUUAUGAUCUCCACCUGAGGCAGCAAUAAGGCUUGCAGUUUACAAUGAUUGUUUUUUGACCAAUUCAAUAGAAAACAUUUAGAACUAAUCAGUUUAAUCAGAGUUUAUCUGAAUCUUAUGCACUCUUGGAUCCAAAGUAGAACAGUUUUACUGCUAAAUGUUGCAGUGUAUGUCUGCUACCACUAGGAAUCACCAAAGUCAGUAAUUGAAUAACACAUGAUCCUUUAUUCUUUAAUCCCGAAUUAAUCUUGAGUUUCUUAGAAGUAUGACAGUGAUGGGAUCAUCACAUUUCCUAUCCACUGUCAUUAGACAGUACCAGAAUUGUGUGAAAACAUACGUUCAUACCCAUACUAUAUACUAUAUAAUUACAAUGAGAGUGAAGGAUAUUGGACAAUUAUUUUCCAAACAGGAGUUUAUUUUGUUUGUGUCAGUGUUUGUGCAGCUGUAAUCUAAUUACAGUCUGCAGCUUUUAAGAGUUUAAGAAAAUAUUAGUCAUUCUAUUUCCUGUGUCACACUUUUUAAAAAUAUAUAUGUAUCAAAAAUUUCUGAAUAGGUUAGGAUGAAUGUCUGAGAUGGUUAAAGCUGUUGCUUUUGAUAAAUGCUUAUAAUUAUUUGAACCGUUUCUGUAUUUUUUAAAGAAACUGUGUAUUUUAUUUUCAGUGUUUUGUGUGAAACUGGUAACAUUGUCAAAAAUAUUUAAAUAUUUCAAAAAUAUAACCUCUGUUUCAAAACAAAAGGUCAUAUUUAGUAUUAUGAAUUUGGAACAGUAAGGCACCUGAGAGAGAGAGGCAAAGAGAAGGAGAGGUGGUCUUGAUCUUAUGGAGGACAGAAUUGGCCCUAAAUAUAAAAUAAAUAAUAUACAUACAAAAUAAAUAAAUAAAAUAUAAGGCUAUUAUUUGUAUAUUUAUGGAUUUCUCCUCGCUAUGUGGACUUAAUUUACAACUGCAUUGAAAAGGCAGAAAUAUGUUUUCUAUACUGAGUGCCAUAUAGUUUCAUUAAUCAUAUUCAUACUUUUAUGUAAUUUACCUCAUGCUAUUUUAUAUUUUCAUUAUAUAUUUUGAAUAAUUUGCAUUAAUUUCUGGUUGGUUCAGUCCUCUACAUACUUCAUGAAUGUAAGAAGGCUUUCUGGCCCGCAGGAAAAUAAGGUGUCAAA